GCUGUAAUUCAGUCUCUACUGUGUUUUAUUUUCAGAUAUGUAUGUAUCCAUUCCUGUGCAUAUAGAUAAUAUAACAUUUUAUCAACAAUACAUCUUAAGAACUGUUAGUAUGUUCAAGGCACUAUUAGUGGGGGACAGCAGGGUGAUCACAUUGUCUCCGGUCCCUGGAAGUCUGAUAGGGGAGGGAUGAUAAAAGAAUAAGGCACUACACAGGUGUGGAAUGGGAGAUGUGGUUAAGGGAGGGUCAUAUUUCUGUCUUUGGAUAGUGAGGUGGUUAAUCAAGAGAAGAGGCUGAUCUGGGCUGAACUUUGAAGAAAGGGGGGAUGAGCUAGGUUUGUGGGUAGAACCGUAGUGAGAAGGACAUAUCUGAGGAAUGAGCCAUGUCAUGGCAGCCGAAGAGUAUGGAGAACAGAGAGACACAGUGAUCUGCUAUGGUGAGAGCAGAGGAUGUUGAGUAGGUGAGAAUAGAAAGGCUGAUGUAUAGGAUAUACAUGAUCUUGUAUUUUGGACAAUUUGAAUUAUUUUAAUACAAAUAGUUUUAAUAUGUUGCCAAGUCAUUUUAAAUGCACCUUAAAUUUUUUGUAACUUCCAUGUAAAGAGUGUAACUGUAUCUCUUAAGAUUCAUAUAUUCAUUUUAAUUAUGUGGUAUGCUUUAUAAAUUGUACAAUGACUAGGACAUAGGUAAGCAAAAUUGACUUGGAAGAUGUCUAAGAUAUUAUAGAAACCAAAAUAUGGCCCUGCCUGUGUUUCUAGAAAUUCCUGUUUUUCAGAUUGAAUUGUGUGUGCAAAUGGCCGUAUCUGUUGGUAUACCAUUUUUCAUGUAUUUCUUCAUCCUUCAAAUCCUAGAAUCACAAAGUUGUACUCCACUUGAGCACAUCCUGGAACCCACACUGGUCGACAUUCCACCUAAGAAUCUCCGCUGACUUGGUCAUCAGCAACAGCAACUUGUGAUUGGCUGUACCGGAUACUCAGUUGCACAUCCCACGUCAAUGCACUGCCAAUGGGUUAUAUCCUGUGUUGUGACCUCAUGGUUUAAGUGGGAAUAAAGAUGAGUAUAAGCAGUGAUGAGGUCAACUUCUUGGUAUAUAGAUACUUGCAAGAGUCAGGAUUUUCUCAUUCAGCAUUUACCUUUGGUAUAGAAAGCCAUAUCAGUCAGUCCAAUAUAAAUGGUGCCCUCGUCCCACCUGCUGCAUUGAUUUCUAUCAUCCAGAAAGGUCUACAGUAUGUAGAGGCAGAAGUUAGUAUUAAUGAGGAUGGUACCUUGUUUGAUGGUCGACCAAUAGAGUCUCUAUCCCUGAUAGAUGCCGUAAUGCCUGAUGUAGUACAGACAAGACAGCAAGCUUAUAGAGACAAGCUUGCACAGCAGCAGGCUGCAACUGCUGCAGCUGUCACAGCUACCACUAACCAACAAGGAUCUGCAAAAAAUGGAGAAAACACAGCAAAUGGGGAGGAGAAUGGAGCACAUACUAUAGCAAAUAAUCAUACUGAUAUGAUGGAAGUGGAUGGGGAUGUUGAAAUCCCUCCUAAUAAAGCAGUUGUGUUACGGGGCCAUGAAUCUGAAGUUUUCAUCUGUGCCUGGAACCCCGUUAGUGAUCUCCUGGCAUCAGGGUCUGGAGACUCAACAGCAAGAAUAUGGAAUCUUAGUGAAAACAGCACUAGUGGCUCCACGCAGUUAGUACUUAGACAUUGUAUACGAGAAGGAGGGCAAGAUGUUCCAAGCAACAAGGACGUGACAUCUCUAGACUGGAAUAGUGAAGGUACACUUCUAGCAACUGGUUCAUAUGAUGGAUUUGCCAGAAUAUGGACUAAAGAUGGUAACCUUGCUAGCACCUUAGGGCAGCAUAAAGGCCCAAUAUUUGCAUUAAAAUGGAAUAAGAAAGGAAAUUUCAUCCUAAGUGCUGGAGUAGAUAAGACCACAAUUAUUUGGGAUGCACAUACUGGUGAAGCCAAGCAACAGUUUCCUUUUCAUUCAGCACCAGCAUUGGAUGUUGAUUGGCAGAGCAACAACACCUUUGCUUCUUGUAGUACAGAUAUGUGCAUUCAUGUCUGUAAAUUAGGACAAGACAGACCUAUUAAAACAUUCCAAGGACAUACGAAUGAAGUAAAUGCUAUCAAAUGGGACCCAACUGGCAACCUCCUGGCCUCCUGUUCUGAUGAUAUGACUUUGAAGAUAUGGAGUAUGAAACAAGACAAUUGUGUCCAUGAUUUGCAAGCACAUAAUAAAGAAAUUUAUACUAUCAAAUGGAGUCCAACAGGACCAGGGACAAAUAAUCCAAAUGCCAACCUUAUGUUAGCAAGUGCAUCCUUUGAUUCUACUGUUAGGUUAUGGGAUGUAGACCGAGGGAUUUGCAUCCAUACUUUGACAAAACACCAAGAGCCUGUGUACAGUGUAGCUUUCAGUCCUGAUGGCAGGUAUCUGGCAAGUGGUUCUUUUGACAAAUGUGUGCACAUCUGGAAUACACAGACAGGUGCUCUAGUUCACAGCUAUAGGGGAACAGGUGGAAUUUUUGAAGUUUGUUGGAAUGCAGCAGGAGACAAAGUUGGAGCCAGUGCAUCAGAUGGUUCAGUUUGUGUAUUAGACCUUCGGAAAUAGCGCUACUAGUUGGAAGCCAUGGACCGACUAUGAAUGUGUACAUAGCCAAAAUGACUGUCCCUGACCCAUGUACUGCUAUAGUCCCACUUGAACCAUGGCCAGUCCACUACAGCCAAAUCUAAAAGAAAUAUAUACAUACAGUGUAUAUAAACAAAAUUGCACCCUGAAGAUGACAGAGUUUUGUCACAGCUUGUGAAUUCUGUUCACCAAGUGCUGGAAUCUAAUCUGCUGUGCCCCUAAAAUAGCGUUUAGAAGUUUUGGAUAUGAAAAACAGAAGAGAGAAAGAAACAUACAUUAUAAAACCAGACCAUACAUGUACCAGUUUUUGGAUACUAAUGACAGCCUUGUUUCUCCCCUUUGAAUCAGCAGACACCAUGGAUUAUAUUCUUUUUUCCCUUCAGUAGUGAGCAGUUUGUAUGUACAGAGAAAAUGGACUUACAAAAACUUGCAGCAGUAGUUUGUUCUUGCUUUUAAAUUUUGUUUUUGGUUUAGAUUAUGGAUGCAUGAAGUAAGGGAGUGAAUCAGUUUCUUGUUUAUAUUUUUUUCACCUUUUAAACAACAAAAAAAAUUCUUAAAAAUAUUUUAAUGCAUUCUUUUGAAGAGGUAGAUGUUUGGUACAUUUUAUGGCUCCCAGAGCAUAUAUUCAAUUGGUGCAUGUUGUGGAAGGGGGAAUUGGAAAUUAAAUGAAAACAUAUGACUUUGGUCAUGUCAAUCUGUAAGACACAUCAGUAAAAGGGUAUUAUGCUCUGUUUUUGUUGGUGAUGUGGCUUAAAUGCAAUAGUUUCUUUUUUGGGACAUAUUUCUGCCAAUUACAGACUAGAAGGGCACAAAAUGUUUGUUUUUUUUUUAAAAAAAUACCAUAGAGAAGAUACAUUAAAAAAAAAUCUUCUGAUGUUUUGUAGCCAUAACUAAAUUAUGGUUAUUAAAAUGUGCACUAUUGUGAAAAGGAGCAAAGUAGUUUUGGGGUUUUUUGUUGUUUGUUUUGCUUUGUUUUUUAAGAGAUUAAAAUGUUUCUGGAUAAGGAUUAGCUUCUCAAAGUGUCCAUCAUUCUGUGUAGAAGCUUAAAUAUGUAAUGUAACCAAACUCCAGUAUUAAAAAAUCUCUGAUGUUAUUUUUCUUUAUACAAAGCAAGAUAACGGCAUAUAACACUGCCAUUACAUGGCAAAAUGUUUGCUACCUUAGUUUAAAAAACAAUCUUUAAAACAAAAGACUUGCUUCAAGAUGUUUUUAAAUAGCAGUGAUUCAGAAUUUUUUUUUUUAAGUAUAAUUGCACUAACCUCCCUGCUGCUUUGAUUCUGCAUUUGUGGUACUUGUGACUACAUUUUUUCAAAUAUAGAUAGAUUUAAGCUGCUAUUUUUUUUUCAGUAAUCACUACUAUAUCAUGUCUUUUACUCUUUAUAAUAUCAAGUAUUUUCAUAAAGAUACAGGUAUCAGAUCACUCCUUGUUUUGUGCUCAUGCAACUGAAAGUAAAGUAUACAGACAAAUGAUAGCAUGAGGCCAUGUUUAUAUAUGUGACUAACAGGGUUUGUCAUGAUUAAAAUAAGAAUCCAGGAAUGUCAGUUUUGAAGAGAAUAGUUGUCAAAUUUAUAUCUCAAAGAUUUUAAUUAAGGAAUUGCUUGUUAUUGAGCUUAGCAAAUUUAUAACACUAUUUCUGUCACUAAUUAUUUUGAGGCCUUUACUACUAAAAUUUUAAUCUAUGUUCUAAGUUUAAGUGGAAACUAAUUUAACCCAAGUAAUGCAGCUUUGAUUUUCAGCAUUUGUUGCUUUGCUAUUUUUAUAAAACAGCAUUGAUUGAAGCAAGUCUUGGUUUUACUAAGGUAGGAUGGCAUUUGCUAUUGGUAAAGAGAAUAAAUACACUUAAUUUCACAAUACAUUGUUAUAUGUACCCCAGUUGUUGCUAGUGGGGACUAUGAUACUGUAAUAAUAUUUUUUAAAAUUUACAUCCAGAGAGGCAGUCAUUCAUGAUGGUUUUGUGCCAGCUCUUUUUAGGGUUUUGGAUCACAUUAGAGAUAUUUAGAACUUAUUACCCUGUGACUUAUGUAGGAAACCUAAUAUGCUGAGUAUCUGGCACUUGAAAUCCUGCUUUUUUUGCUGGAGGUCCACAUCUAUGGUUGACCUCGGUUGUUGUUUAAAAAAAUAAAUAAAAAUAAAAAAAUCUGUGCAAUAAUUUUUAAAUGUGCUCCCAGGAAUAGACACAAAUGUUUUGAGUAUGUUUAAGCUGCAUUUUCCUUUAGGAUGCAUUUGUCAAUUGCACUGAAUUUAAAUCUGAAAGUCAGAGGUGAUUAUUGAUAGUACUUUUGUAUUUUGAUAUGGACAAUUUAUUCAUUUGCAUACAGUUAUUGACUUUUUUCCCAGCUGAUAAAAUGAUAGUCAAGAAAUUCUGCAAUAUAGCUGCCAAAAUGGACAGCUACAUUUUUAAGAUAUUGUCAUCUUUUCUGUUUUUUUCUUUUUAAUUCUUUAGCUAUUUUACUUAAGCAUAAUAGCCACAAUAGGACAUAUAAAAGAUUAUAAAUACAGAGCUUUAUUAUCCUGAAGUCUUGGGUCUUUUAAGUAUAAACUUAUCUGAAAGGUAUCCAUUUUGUAGGCUUGGGUUCUUCAUGAGCAUGAGAUUCUUUAUUUUUGCUGCUGUUCUCAAGAUCAUCAUUGCCUGCUGAUGUGCCACGAUGCUGCUCCUAAAGACAAAAAUAAGAUUGUCUCUAAUUUGAGCAGUAACAUGAUUGCAAGAGACCAAGUUUCACAGCCUGUAAAGUUCUGUAUUUGGGGUUCUUGCUCAUUUUUCCUCCUGUAUUCUUCUGAAAACUUAUUCCUGAAGAUCAGCUGAAUCCAGUAGUUUUUCUGUGGUAUUCAUUAUAUCAUUGUUGUAUAAGCUACUGUAAGAAACCUAUCAUUAAGGAAAAAUAGAAAGGAAAACUUGAAUAGUCAUUGAUGAAAAUAGAAUAAAGAAAGAGCAGCUGCCACUCUUAAACAACAUAAAGGAAUAUCUUUUUUUUCUCCUCCAUGUAGGAAAUCCCAUAAGUUCUUAUAUUUGUUCUAAUCCCCAUUUCCUAUCAUUGAUCAGGUAACAUCAUUGACUUUCAAAUGACUUUUAGAAGUGGUAACUUUUAAUUUUCUAAUAGAUAUUAGAGUGUAUUGAAUUCUGUUUAUUCUCUAGGUAAGUAUGUUUUAGGAUUAAACACCUUUUACAGAUACUGAAAGUGCCUCCUUUUGUGGUGUAAAAAAACAAAUUAUGGUGCAAAAAGUAAUCACUAGAUUGAAUUACAUGAAGGUUUUUUGCUUUUUGACAUGAAAAUGUCAAGAGAAAGGCCAAAGAUUUGUACUUUUUCACUUAUGAAGCACUCCUUUUUUCCUUAAACUUCUUUCUGUCAAAUUAGAUUUAAUGAGAGAGUACUAUUUUUCAGGAGCUAUCUGUUUAUGUAGAAUGAUUUGUUAAGAGUAAUGUAAACUAUUAUUGAGUAGAGGCCUAAAGAGGACUGUGCAUUUUUGCUAUUUAAAGGAAUCACAAAUGACCGUACUUAUGUGAGCAAAAAUGGCAAGUUUUACUAGAUAAGUAGAAAACUAAAUCUCAAAUGCAGUGCUAUUUACUCUUUUAAAACAAUUUUCGUUUUCUUAAGCACAUUGUACAUUUCUACAGAAACCUGUGUUUAUUAUCACAUGCUAAGGAUGGUACUUGCAUAUGGUGAAUUACUGUUGAGAGUUUCCGCAGAAAUCCUAUUUCAGUGGACCAACAUUGUGGCAUGGCAGCAAAUGCCAACAUUUUGUGGAAUAGCAGCAAAUCUACAAGAGACCCUGGUUGGUUUUUUGUUUUGUUUUGUUUUUCCCCCUUCUCCUGAAUCAGCAGGGAUGGAAGGAGGGUAGGGAAGUUAUGAAUUACUCCUUCCAGUAGUAGCUCUGAAGUGUCACAUUUAGUAUCAAUUUUUUUAAACAUGAUUAUAGUUAAAUUUAGAAAAGAGAGAGAAAAAAGAGGAAGUGUUCACUUUUGUAAUACACUGAUUUAGAAAUUUGAUGUCUUAUAUCAGUAGUUCUGAGGUAUUGAUAGCAUUCUUUAUUUCUGCCUUUAUGUUGACAGUGUUGAAGCAGGGUGAAUAACUAGGGCAUAUUUUUUUUUUCUAGUAAAGUGUUUCAUGAUGUUUUCUUUGGAAUUUCUGGAUAAGUUCAAGAAAACAUUCUGCAUGUUGUAUCUAGUCUGAUGUACUUAUCCAUCUCAUUACAAACAAAAACACGCAGAGUGCAUUUUGUAGCUCUGUAAUCGUUGAAUACAGAAGUAAUUUUCUUCUUUCCUGACUUUGACAUUGUAGCUAUAAUGUUUUCAUUUUGAUUUUUACAAAUCCUUUGGGUCUAAUUCUGUGAGCCUACCUAUAGCACUGGAUUAAAAUGUCUGCAUCAUUUCUUUAGUUAUCCAGUUAACUUUAAAACUGUUGUAAAAGUGUAAACCAGCCCAUGACAGUUUUUUGUAUAUGUUAAAGAACUUUAUUGUUCAGUUUUCAUGAUUAUUGUAUAAGGAAGACUGAUAUAGAUGUUCUAUGCUGUCCUGGACCAUGUUAAUUACACUUAUGAUGUAUUUUGGUUCCACAUCACAAUGAUUUGUCCCCAAUGACCUUUUAUCCUUUCUAGGCACAUUUUUUUGUUGUUGUUGUUGCAGUUUCCCUUUGCAUUGUAUUGCUUUGACAACUGUAAUUUGAAUCAGAUCUGAAAGAGGUCCAGAAUAAAAUAUAUUUUGAUAUUA